AUGUGGCUCGAAAAUCUUUCUGUCAGCGUCGAUAUACCUGCCGAGAGGCGAGGAAAGUGCAUCAACGUCGAGGACGAGGUGCCUCCCACCUGGGCAGAAGGUGCACGUCCCGAUCAUGUCUAUAUACCUCCAGCUACCUCCUGCAUCUUCUUCCCAGGUAAAGACUGCCAGAGCUGGACUGUGGUGCAGACAGAUAUUCCUUCGCACCCGGGCGAGAGAACUCUGGAGUUUAGGAAUACCUAUGAUCACAAGAGCUUCAAGUGCGCAUAUUGA